CAGAUUAGUUUCAAGAAACUAUCGUAAGUCUCCGUAGAAACGUUAAAAUGACUUCCUCUCACUUUGCGUUAUUUACAAUUGUAUUAAUCAUUUUUGUUAACGCCAAAGACACGAUUGCUCGGUCGAAACCAUACUCUAAGCCCAAGUCAUCGAUCGAUGAUUAUUUAGCGGACAAGGGACGACCUCUACAGCAGACACGAGAAUAUGAUGCAAACUUUUGGAUGAACCGGGGCAUGUCCGACCUCGGGCGUCGGCUCAAAGACCUGGAGAACCCGAUCGUCGGUCGGGCUAAGAACAUAGUGUUCUUCUUAGGCGACGGCAUGUCUAUAGCAACGGUGACUGCGGCCAGAGUGCACAUGGAACAGUUAUCCGGCAGCGCGUUCCCUGAUGGAAAUGCUUCACUGACAUUCGAAAACUUCCCGUACACCGGAUUGGUCAGGACGUAUUGUGUUGACAAACAAGUAGCCGAUUCAGCUUGCUCGUCGACUGCUUACAUGACCGGCGUCAAGGCGAAUUCGGGCACGGUAGGCGUAUCGGGCGCCGUCAGAGAAAACGAUUGCAAAGCGUCUUUAGAAUCCAAGAACCAAGUCGACUCGAUAUUGCGGUGGGCUCAGAUGGCUGGCAAGUCUACUGGGAUUGUCACUACUACGAGAGUAACCCAUGCGUCGCCGGCUGGUGGUUACGCUCAUUCAGCGAACAGAGGUUGGGAAAGCAGUGCACCAGACGAUUGUUUGGAUAUUGCUCAACAGUUGAUGACUCAAACUCCCGGAAUUGAGUUAGAUGUAAUCUUGGGUGGAGGUCGACAAGAAUUCCUGCCGAAAAAUAUGAACGGUAAUCGAGAGGAUGGCCGAAACCUGAUCGCCGAGUGGAAAGUGAAUAUGAUGAAGAACCACCGAAUGUACGAAUAUGUGAAAAAUAAAACGGAACUGUCGGAUUUGAAUCUAAAAGACGUGGAUAAACUGUUGGGUCUGUUCUCCAUGAGCCAUAUGUCUUACACGGGCACCAAAGAAGUGGAAAGAGACGAGCCAUCACUUAGUGAAAUGACUAUGGCAGCAAUCGAGGUAUUGCGGAAGAACGAAAACGGAUACGUACUAUUCGUAGAGGGCGGCAGAAUCGAUCACGCACAUCAUCAAAAUUUGGCACAUAUGGCGUUAAGUGAGACGAUUGCUUUUUCUCGGGCUGUUGAUGUAGCCAACACCGUUACCGAUCCAGAAGACACCUUGGUAGUGGUUACAUCGGACCAUUCUCACACAAUGACCAUAAACGGAUAUCCAUCUAGGGUUGACAAGAUCGUCGAGCGUGUGGAACGUGGCGGCGAAAGUUAUUCAAUUUUAAGUUACGCCAACGGGCCGUCUGCCAAAUUCCACAAGUACCAGAAACAGCCAUCCAAAUACGGUGAUAAAUUCGAUCUAUACCCGUCGUUGGUACCCAUGUCCCUGGAAACACACGGUGGUGAAGACGUGGUUGUGUGGGCUCGAGGACCGUGGGCUCAUCUAUUCGUCGGGAGCUUCGAACAGAACGUACUGCCUCUGAUCAUGUCGUACGCGUCGUGCAUAGGUCCCAGCAAAGGAAAGUGCUCAGAUAGAUAAUAACGUAUAAUACCUAGCUAUUAAUUAUGUUGAGUGAUAUUCUGUAUUUUACAAUUUUUACAACAUUGAUUUUACCGUUGCCUGUUACUGUGAUGUUUUGUUAAUUUGUGUACAUAAUAUUUGUGCUCAUUUUAAGAUGACCAUUGUCAU